UUCCAUCAUCCCACAACCCGUCCGUGCAGUUCUUUUCUUGUCAAGUGUCAUCAGUCCUUGCCAGUCUGUCCUUGAAUGUGUGUGUGUGUUGAUCACCGUCAAGCCUCGACUUGCUCUGCAAAACUUGCACGAUGGAGCAGCCGCCUUCGCACUUGGUGUGUCAAAUAUCCCACGAGCUGAUGCGGGAUCCUGUGGCGGCGCCCGAUGGCUAUGUCUACGACCGCACCAACAUUCUGCAAUGGAUUGGGCAAGGGGAGGACGGCCAGCGCAACAACUCCCCCUUUGAUCGCAGCAUUACCAUCUCCGCUGCGGAUCUGCGCCCUGCCAUGACCAUCCGCAGCGCGCUGGAGGAGUACAUUGCCCAGCACCACCUCGAGUUCGAGGUGGCUCCCUUGGUCACGGGUCGCCCUGCUCUAAAGCUGCCGGCGCGUUUGGCAAGUGAGCUCGAGCUGGAGGUGGCCCUGCACCCGGUGCCUGGGGAAACCCGCAAGGCCAUCUUGGAACUCAUUCCACAGCGCCAAACGGCCACGACCAACAUUCACCUCAAUCUGGUCCUGGACGUGUCGGGCUCCAUGGGGGCAGCGGUCACGGCUCGCGACGAGUCCAAUACCCUCAUCGAAUACAACCUCUGCGUCAUGGACCUGGUCAAGUUUGCCAGUCAAGUGGCCGUCAAAUGCCUGGCACCGGGCGACGUCAUCUCCAUCGUCACCUUUUCCGACGCGGCCAAGAUCAUUGUCGAACCCAUCUCCGUGCCCGAUCCCAAGAUGGGCGCCGACACCACCGUUGCUGACGUGCUGGGCAAGAUUGACGCCAUCUAUCACGGCGGCUCAACCAACCUGUGGGCUGGCAUUGAGACGGGCCUGCAGCUUUUAGCCUCGUGUGCGCAACCGCACCUCCACAACGUCUGUGUAGCGCUCACGGAUGGCGAGCCCAAUCGCCACCCGGAGCAGGGCUACGAGACCGCGCAUCGCCGCUUCAAGCAAAUGCCCAACUUCUCCUACGUGCUCCAUACCCUGCCCUUUGGCUUUGGUCGCAUCGAUUCGGCCCUGCUGCAGUCUCUGGCGAGAACCGGCGAAGGCAUCAUGGUCAACAUUCCCGACUGUGGGAUGGUGGGCACCGUCUUUACGAAUCUCAUCGCCAAUGCCAAGGUCACCUCGCAUCGUGGGCUCCGGCUCUUGGAUCUGGAUGGUGUCCUUGAUCGCGCCGAGCCCACGGGCGCCACCUUUGAUUACAACGCCAGCAAGCAAUUCCUGGCCUUGGGAACCCUGCAGGCGGAGCAGCCCCGCUACCUGCUGUUGCACUUGAAUCAGGACGUCCACGACUGCACAGCCCUGCGCCUGCAGCUGGCAGCCGAGUGCUUGCCCGUGGCACCGGGCGCGGGUCGCACGGCACUGGAGCGGCCUCCAACGGGUAAGGCCGGCCUCAUCGCAGUGAAGCCGCGCGCGACCUGCGGUCUCGAGUCGGAGGUGCUGCUGCGCGUGCUGUUUCGAGAUGCCGCAUGUGCCAUGCUAUCACGCGUCGUCAACUUGAUGGCCACGGGCGAGACAGGGGCAGCGCGCUACGCCCUGGAAAACUUUCUGAGCUUGCAUGAUGUUCUUACCGAGGCUCCAGAGAUGGAGGUGGACCUCAACGAGCAGGUGCGGCAGGCCUUGGUCCCAGCUGCUUACAAGCGUUGGGGCCACACCUAUGUGCCAUCCUUGGCCAUGGCGCACUCAGCCCAGGUGCGACACAACUUCAAGGACCCGGGCGUGCAGGCAUACGGCGGUCCCCUCUUUGGCACUGAGGCCGGGCGCAUGUCCGAUAUUUUUGAUGCCAUGCCCGUGCCCAAGGGGACCCGUCAGGUGGGCGCAUCGUUGGCAUCGGGCGCCGUGCUCAACAAUUGCUAUGGUGGUUGCUACAGUGCUGACAGCCUGGUUGAUCUGGCAUCGGUACGGGCGCCUGGCACGACGGGGGACGUGGCGCAGCGCACGGGCGACGUGCGGAAUCUGGCUGGCGCGUGGCAACGACGGGCCGACGCGAUUCGGGCCGGGGAUGUGCUGGCCAAUGGGGCGGUCGUGGACUACGUGGUGGCUGUGGCGUGUGCGGGCGGGGAGCACGACUUUUGUCAACUGAGCCCCGGGUUGCGCAUCACCCCCUGGCACCCAGUGCGGGAGCCCAGCACCAAGCGCUGGGCUUUUCCCAGUGAGCUGGUGGUACCGAAGCGCCAUGCCAGCGAGUACAUGUACUCGUUUGUGCUGACGGCAGGCGGUGAGGUGCCGGUGGACGGGCAUACUACGGUGGGGCUGGCUCACGAGUUGCAGGAACCGGUGGCCGCGCAUCCCUUUUUUGGCAGUCCGGCUUUGCGCGACCGGGUGGCGUUGCUGGCGGCGCGGGCGGGCACGGCCCGUACCUUGUGGCUGGCACCCCAGGCCUUUGUGCGGGACACGGCCACGGGCUUGGUAAAGGAUUUUAACGAGCACGCCGUACGUAGCCAACCCAGCGUGUCAUAGCACGGGGCUAUGCCAGCCACGAGGAUGGUGUGCGCCUUUUUUUUCUCCGUUUCCCAUAAGAAAGUUUCGAUAAUGUUUUGUGUCGGUGCUUCUGUUGGCAUCCAGCGCCCGUCAACCGUUUUGUACAGUAUCUACAAUGUCAUGAUGACUACGUAAUUGAUUGCGGAAGAACG